AUGCCUGUGUGUUUGCCCGCCCAUCACCUGUCACUCCGCAGACCCAUUCUUCCUGUCACCAUCCGGAGAGGUACGUAUCCAUUACUUGUGUCCUCUUCAACCUCUGAUCGGGACAGGCCAGUUCUGCGCUGUCUGAGAGGGAAGGGGGGGGGGACAUGGCUCCAACCCUACCCUGCCCUGCCUACGCCCAAUCCAAACCGGCGAGCUCGGUGGACAUCGAUCCCCACCCGCGACAUUCUGUCCCGGGGAGUGGGGAAAGCAGAUACAGCCGAUUGCCUCCAACGAUCAUUGCGCUGUGCCCUGUGGGGAUGA